CCAGGGUGCCGCUCAGCUAGCGUCUCCGCCAUGCCUCGGGGGAGGCGCGGCGGCCGGGUGAGCGCCCUGGAGGGCGGCCCGGAGGAGGAAGCGCCCCCGGCGGCGGCCGCGGUGCCCUCGGCGCUGUGGGCGUCCCAGCUGCAGCCGGAGGCGGCGGCCGGGCAGGUCCUGCUGCGUGGCAUCUUCGAGAUCGGGAGGAGCAGCUGUGACGUGGUGCUGAGCGAGCGGGCCCUCAGGUGGCGGCCCAUCCAACCCGAGCGCCCCGCGGGUGACUCCAAGUAUGAUGUUCUAUGUAAAGAAGAAUUUAUUGAACUCAAGGACAUAUUCUCUGUCAAACUGAAACGGCGUUAUUCUGUUAAACAGCAGGGAAGUGGUACCUUAUUAGGUAUCACACUCUUCAUAUGUUUGAAAAAGGAACAAAAUAAAUUAAAAGAUUCUACGCUUGAUCUUAUUAAUUUAAGUGAAGACCACUGUGAUGUGUGGUUUAAACAAUUCAAGAAAAUUUUGGCUGGUUUUUCAAAUAGACCAAAGUCAUUAAAAAUAAUUCUUAACCCCCAAAGCCACAAAAAAGAAGCUACCCAGGUCUAUUAUGAGAAGGUUGAACCACUGUUGAGGACAGCAGGAAUAAAGACUGACGUAACAAUAACAGAAUAUGAAGGACAUGCUCUGUCACUCCUAAAGGAAUGUGAACUCCAGGAAUUUGAUGGUGUUGUCUGUGUUGGUGGAGAUGGAUCGGCCAGUGAAAUCGCCCAUGCUUUGCUUCUUAGAGCCCAGAAGAAUGCUGGGAAAGAAACGGACCACAUCCUCACCCCUGUCCGUGCAGAGCUCCCUCUGGGUUUAAUACCAGCAGGCUCUACCAACGUACUGGCACAUUCUCUUCAUGGAAUCCCUCAUGUGGUAACUGCAACUUUGCACAUUAUAAUGGGACACAUACAACCUGUCGAUGUCUGCACCUUCAGCACCACUGGCAAAUUUCUUCGCUUUGGGUUCUCAGCCAUGUUUGGCUUUGGGGGAAGAACUUUGGCUCUGGCAGAAAAACAUCGAUGGAUGUCACCCAACCAACGAAGGGAUUUUGCUAUAAUUAAGGCACUGGCAAAACUUAAGCCUGAAGACUGUGAAAUAUCAUUUUUACCAUUUAUCAGCUCUCAGAAUUUACAAGAAAGGAAGGUGGAAGGAUCUCCCAAAUCUGUGAGUAAUGAUCAGUGGCAAACGAUCCAGGGUCAGAUCCUGAAUGUCAGCAUUAUGGCAAUUCCUUGCCUGUGUUCAGUGGCACCUCGAGGCUUGGCACCUAAUACCAGAUUAAAUAACGGAAGCAUGGCUCUUAUAAUUGCACGAAAUACUUCUCGACCAGAAUUUAUAAAACACCUGAAAAGAUAUGCCAGUGUUAAGAAUCAGUUCAAUUUUCCAUUUGUUGAGACUUACACUGUUGAAGAGGUUAAAGUUCGUCCGAGGACUAAUAGCGCACCCAAUCUAGAGGAGGAUGCUGGGAGGCAUGCAGCUGCUUCAGAAAACAAUUUCCCUUGGAAUGUAGAUGGUGAUUUAGUGGAAGUCGCAUCAGAGGUCCAUGUUAAAUUACACCCAAGACUUAUCAAUCUUUAUGGAGGAAGCAUGGAAGAAAUGAAUGAUUCUGAAGUUAACUGUAAUUGUUUAUAA